CUCAUAUUCACAAUAAUGCCACCCUUAGAGCCACCCGAGGCACCAUUCCCGGACUUCCCAGUCUCCAUCACUCCACCGCCACCGCUAACCCACCGCCAUUUUCACCUCGGCCACCCGUCCCCCCUUCUCCCUCCCAUCCUGGCAGCUGCAAUAGCUCUAGUGUUCCUUCUUCUUUUCGCCAUUAUUUACAGAAAGCUCUCAAAUCAACGUACUGCACCUGUGGAUCUGAAGCCGCUGCAGCCUCACCGCUUCUCUUAUUCCGUCCUUCGCCGCGCUACUGCCUCUUUCUCGGCCCACAACCGCCUAGGACAAGGUGGGUUUGGGUCUGUUUACAAGGGAAUCUUGCCCUCCGGCCAGGAGGUAGCCGUGAAGCUAAUGGAUGCUUCAGGCUCCCUCCAGGGCGAGCGAGAGUUCCACAAUGAACUCUCCCUCGCCUCGAAGAUAGACACCACGUGCUGCUCUCAUUUGGUGUCCAUCCUCGGCUUCUCAUCCGAUGACCAUCACAGCAGACACCAUUGCUCCGUUCGUCAUCAGAGGAGGAGACGAUUAGUACUAGUUUAUGAGUACAUGCAAAAUGGAAACUUACAGGAUGCCUUGUUAGAUCGUAAAUGUCCCGAAUUGAUGCUGUGGAGGAAGAGGUUUAGUGUUAUAUUAGCCGUAGCGAAGGGCAUUGAGUAUCUCCAUAGUUCAUGUGAUCCGCCAAUCGUUCAUGGAGAUAUUAAGCCUUCGAAUAUUUUGUUGGAUUCCAACUUUGACGCGAAGAUAGCUGAUUUUGGAUUAGCACAGGUUUUAAGUAAGGAUGAGAAUGGAGCUGUGGAGACCUUCAUCGAAGACGACGAAAAAACUGAGAAGGGGCAAGGAGGAGGAGGAGGAGGAAUUGAGAAUGGAGAGGAUCAUGGGUCCAUAAUAGAAGAAAAUGAGAGUGUGAUGACAGAGGAGGUGGCAAUAAAUGUGGAUCAGUCUCCAGAGAGUCGUUGUGUUAGGAUUUUGGAUGGUGAAAUGGGGCCAGUGUCGCCGGAAGCUGGGACAGUGGAGGCUUCACCUUCUGAGGGCCUCGAUAAAAAGACUAGCAUAUCCGAGGGAUUUUUCGACAGUGUUAGUGUUGAUAGUGGCAGUAGAAGAGCGAUCGGAAGGAGGAAGAGCGAGUCAGGGAGGGAUUGGUGGUGGAAACAGGACAAUGUGAAUGGGGGGUCGGAGUCCGGUAGGAUUAAAGACUAUGUGAUGGAGUGGCUUGGGAGCGAGAUCAAGAAAGAGAGACCUAAGAAGGACUGGAUUGCAACUCCAAGCACGGCGCAGGAGGGCUGCCCUAAAGUGGAGCAAAAGAAGCAAACAAAGAAAUUGGAGUGGUGGGCAUCUCUAGACGAGGAGAAAAUGAGGAAGGAGAGGAAGAAUAGGAAACCGAGGGAAUGGUGGAAGGAGGAGUUUUGUGAAGAAUUGACUAAAAAGAAGAAGAACAGGGACACUAAAUCAGAUAAUGGGGGAGAAAUGUGGUGGGAGAGGAAUGAGGCUGUGGUGCCUGAAAGGAAGAAGAGGAAGAGCAGGGGUAGUAGAACCAGUAUUGACUGGUGGCUUGAUGGGUUCAGCGGCGAGUUUCGAAUAGGUAGAAGAAAUAGUCAAGAUUGGGCUAGCGGAGAUAUCCCCAAGAGCGGAGGUAUCAGCAGUACUCCAAGUAUGAGAGGAACUGUUUGUUACAUUGCCCCUGAAUAUGGUGGUGGAGGGCAGCUUUCUGAGAAAUGUGACAUCUACAGCUUCGGUGUUCUGAUUUUGGUUCUAGUCUCUGGCCGGAGGCCUCUCCAAGUCACGGCCUCGCCAAUGUCAGAAUUUGAGAGGGCUAAUCUGAUUUCAUGGGCGCGGCAGCUUGCCCACAUUGGGAGGCUCCUGGAUCUUCUUGAUACCAAUAUUCAGUCACUAGACAGGGAACAGGCUUUACUCUGCAUCACUGUUGCACUGCUUUGUCUGCAACGAACGCCUAAUAAGCGCCCUACCAUGAAAGAGAUUGUGGGGAUGCUUUCAGGUGAAUCCGAACCUCCCCAUUUGCCGUUUGAAUUUUCUCCCUCACCGCCAUCCAAUUUCCCAUUUAAGUCCAGGAAAAAGGCCCGGUAACCGGGAGUUUCAUCGUCAUGGAGUGCUCUGCUCUUUAUUAAUUUCACUGACAUGAUGAUAAGACUCACAAAAUGCCAUUCUAAUUUGGCUCCCACAAGUUGCUGGUGCCUGGUGGCUGGUGGUGUUGUUGAGGAAUCCCAAGCAUAAAGGAUUUGCUCUAUCGGGUCCCAGGAAAUAUUUUACCUUUUGGUUGUCUGCUUCCUAGCCACAGCAAGUAAGGUGAGCCUUUUCUAAAGUUGGCAUUGAUUUCAGGAGUGAGAUUUUAUUCUUGGUCCCAGUUCUUGAAGUGCAUUAUACAGUAGUACAUCACUGGAUAUUAUAAAGCAUUCCUGCCUCCAGAGUCAGUAUUGCAUCUAUGCAGUGUAUGCAAUUGUCAACAUCUUUAAUGGUGCAGAUUUGCUAGCUGUAAUCAUACUCUUUCGUAACAGAGGUUCCAUUUACAUUUGGUGUCCAAUUAGAAAAAGAAGAAUUAUCUGAAAUUUUUGAAGUUCUUAGGCUUGCUGGUUUUUCUGGCUGGCGUUUCGUUUCUUUUCCACCAUUAACCUACUUUCUUGGCCCAUGGUUUUCAACUGCCUGCUGUGUAGAGUAGGAAACCUUAGUAAACAGUGAUGCACGUAUUAAUUAAACAAAUAUGGUUAAACAUUACAUGUCCACUGUAGUGUUUGUUUGGAUAGUAGAUUAUUUGAGAUAAUUUUGUGAAGAAAAUACUGGAGCACUUUUUUGAUGUGAUGUAUGUGAGAUAAAAAGGUGAUUGGAAAUGUGUUGAUGAUACAAGCAAGUCAGUGUGUGUAAAUAAAGUGUAAAUAAGUGUAAUCCAAACAAACUUGCGAUACGAGUAGAUUCGCAAUAAAGCUUCGCAUCUCUACCUCAAAUCCUGUAUGAGUAGAUUUUGAUCUAUAGCAUUGAUGGAUGGUGGUGUGUGCUGGAUUCA